AUGACAGACUCCACCGAAGCGGAGAGCCUCUAUCUCAACUUCAGAGGGAAACCGAUGCUCCUGUCCGACGAAGUCAAGUACCACACCAGCCUCUGCGCUCUCGAAGAUUUCAUCGACCUGCUGCUCUCUCCAUCUCUGAAUGGCGCUGAGGUGGCAUCCAUCCUCGAUCUCCUCUCCCUAUCCGGGAAGUAUUCGACGGAAAGGGAACGUUGGGAAGCUGGACUACCCGAGGCCAAGGGGGAAUCAGAGCAAAGCUAUGCUGCACCUUUUGUGGACAUUUCCAACUCCAUCCUAAAGGCAGUUGUGGAUGUCAAAGGUGCCAGCUCACUCGCUCUACCGUCGACCUGGCAGCAAGGGCACGCGGGAAGGACAUUUCAAAAUGACCUUGACAGACUUGCCACACCAGACUUGGUGAAUGUGACGGUGAAUCAGCCUGACGCCGACCUACAGGAACGCAAGGGGCCUUUCAAGGAAGAAGAGACGGUUGACGAGGGUAUGGAACGGCCAGCAAAGCGGCGGAGACUAGAUGACACCGUCAAUUCUCAGGGUGGUACAUCGCUAGACACCGCACGACUUGAACGCACAAUUUGGCCCAGAACCCUCGUCGUGGGCGUAGUCCACUCCGACAAUGAAGGCGCGGGCAUCUGGCAGGGUGUCGUACGGCUAGCAACGGGCCUUCGGAACAUCCUAUGGAACCAACAAGAUCGUCGAUUCGCAUUCGGGCUUCUGUUCUUCCAUCGCUCCCUUUCGCUGUGGUACUGCGACCGUUCCGGUGCCCUGGGCGCAGACAAGUUACUCGACAUCGACAAGCAUCCGGACAUGUUCGUACGGGUCAUGGCCACCCUCGCUACAAUGUCACCUCAGCAACUGGGAUUCGAUCCAACAAUGAAGAUCGUGGUGCCGAACUACCCACCCUCGUUCAGCUAUUCCUUGCCGCUUGACAAGAUUCCGACGCAACGAAAGUGGUUGCAUUGGCGAAUCGAAAUCGCGGGAGCCACGUACCAAACUGUGGAACUAGUCAGCGUGGAUCGAACCGAAGUAAUGUGCGGUGGAGGCAUCCAUGUAUGGCGGGCGUAUCGCCUGGAUGAACGAGGUUCUUUCAGCGAAAACGACAAGCUGGUGCUCAUCAAGCAGCAUUGGCGACCCUUUUCGGAUCGAAAUUGGCGUAACGAACUGGACGUCUACCACCUCCUAGGCAAUUUCGAUGGCCAGAAACCAGUUCCGUGCGUUGGCGAAGACGUACACCAGACCAACACCCUGCGAGAUUUCCGCAAAAGCAUCACAAAGACAAGCCUCACCGGUUACCUUGACAUCGACAAGCGUAGUCUGCCGGAGUCCAGCGCUCAGUUUCUCCUUCGUUUGACCUAUGCCAACGACAAGAACCGUCCAGAACAAACUCGAGACUUCCUGGAGCGAGUUCUGACCAGACUGGUCAUUCCCAUCAACGGGAUUUUGCUAGAGAAGGCAACAGGACUAAGAGAAUUGGUAUCGGUACUUCUGGACGUCGUGAAAGAUUACGAGUGGAUGUACUACAGCAAGGGCGUCUGUCAUGGCGGUAUCACUGUUGGAAGCAUCUUCAUCGACCAUGAGACGCGGCGAGGGCAUCUAGCGGACUAUCAUCAUGCGAGGGAUCAUGGCCCCAACUACAAACCGAGGAAGGUGUCGUCGCUGCGGGAGGAGCUGCCCGAACAUUUGGCUGAAUUCCGCAAAUACCGCCCUCAGUCGGAGGUUUCAGAUAACCUCGCACUUUUGAUCCUUUACCUCCAGCGAACAACCUUCCCGGAAGAUGCUGCGCUCGAGGCAGUACCCUGUAUACACAGGUACAUCCGGUCCGAUGGCGCAUCGUCGAACAGGCCACUCGAAAUAUCAGACAUGCUUCCAGGGCUGGAGAACGAUCCUGUCCUCCCUCCAGAUUUCUCUGAAUGCACAGCAAUACAUGCCGUGGCGACUGGCACUGUCGCGUUCAUGAGCCAUAAAUUGCUUCGCGAUGACGACGAAACCCACAGCGCAAUACACGACAUGGAGUCAUUAUUUUGGGUCCUUUUCUUCCUCUGCCUCACCCGUGAAGGGCCCGGCGGAAGGCAGCGACCUGAGCCAGAGGAUGACGUCAAAGGUGACGAGCUCUACGAAGCUUCCCUUCUACGCUAUCAUCUCUUCGAGGGCAGCAAGGACGAGAUUGAGAAAUUGAAAGGGGAUAUGUUCUCUAUGACUAUUCGCGACAAGAUGCUGCGAGUGCUGGAGGACCAUGUGUUCCCCUGGUUCCACCCCUCCUUCAAGCCCCUCAAUGAGCUGCUUUCCGAGUGGUGGGCAAUUCUCUGCAGCGGCUUCCGCCGGUACGGAAAUGUCUUAUGUCGCCACUACCCAGUUACCGCGUUUCGUCACGCUUUGGAGAAAGCUCUUGAGAAACUCCCAGCGGAGCCAGGCCCAAAUGACGUACUCGUGCAGCAGCAGCUGGACAUGGCAAGCGUGCGCAGGGAUGCCAUUGCCCUCGCUCAAAGUGUUUGA